CUGGAUGCGAGCAGCUGAAGUCGCAGCUUCUCCCCCCCCCAUGUUCUGCCCUGCCCUGUGCCGUGCUGCGCGUCUCUCCGUUUCAUUUCUCCUUCCUCACGCCGACACGAACACAGAGCUGCUGUGUGUGCGGGAGAAGUUGUUUGCACAGAGAGCACCUGGUAGAAACUGUUCCCUCCAAACGGAUUGGUUCUAGUUGGGAGCAAUCGGACUCACCGGGGUCUUUUUAUUUUUUCCAGGGGAAGAACAGACGAAGCGAUUGCAAUGUGGUGGACGUACCAGUAUGUCAAGUGAGGAGUGAUUUCUAUUUUUUGUUUUUAAUGAACAUCUGACAUCCUCCCCACCGGAGACAUCUUUCAGUCAGACCUUUUCGGAUUUCUUUUUUUUUUCUUUGUGACGGAUAUUUCCCUGUGAAACAUUAUCAAGGAUUUCACUGAUGUAUGCGAUGUGGAGGCUGCAAGUCGCCUUAUGUACUCUGUCGGUGCUGUCCCUGUCAUCUGCUGGAGAAAGCAAAGCGCGGAGCUGUAGCGAGGCACGGCAAGCUUAUACCGCUAAAGGAUUCAGCCUCGUCAAUGUGCCUCAUCAGGAAAUAUCAGGUGAGCACCUGCGUGUCUGUCCUCAGGGAUACACCUGCUGCACAUCUGAGAUGGAGGACAAACUCCACCAGCAGAGCAAACUGGAGUUUGAGAACUUGGUCAAGAACAGCAGCCACAACAUGAGGACGACGUUUGUCUCCAGGCAUAAAAAGUUUGAUGAGUUUUUCUUGGAGCUGCUGGACAAUUCUGAGAAGUCUCUCAACAGUAUGUUCACACGGACGUACGGGAAGCUGUACAUGCAGAACUCCGAGGUGUUCCAGGAUCUGUUCACUGAGCUAAAGCGCUACUACACGGGGGGCAACGUCAACCUGGAGGAGAUGCUCAAUGACUUCUGGUCCAGGCUGCUAGAGCGCAUGUUCCAGUUACUCAACUCCCAGUACCAAUUCACAGAUGACUACCUGGAGUGCGUCAGUAAAUACACAGAUCAGCUGAAGCCCUUUGGAGAUGUGCCCAGGAAGCUGAAGGCCCAGGUCACCAGGGCCUUCAUCGCUGCACGGACAUUUGUCCAGGGGCUAAUGGUGGGCCGGGAGGUUGCCAACAGGGUCGCCAAG